AUGGAUAGCAUUAGCACCAAGAACGUCGCGGCGACCUUUAAGGUUGCCCCACCAGAAAAAGAUCUCGCCACCAAUGAUGCCUUGAGCGAGACAUUUUCCGCCGACGAUGUCGCCAAGCACAGCAGGCCCGACGAUCUGUGGAUUAUUGUUGGCGACGAGGUAUUCGACGUGACCAAGUAUCAAGAGGAGCAUCCGGGCGGGAAGAAGAUUCUAGCAAAAGCCGCUGGGAAGGACGCAACGGAGCAGUUUCGAAAGCACCAUCGCGACGCCAUCCUUAUCUAG